AGGUCAAAUUACAUCAUAUAUCGUGUCUCAGAUAACGUUUGCACAUUAUAAAGUGGAGUCCAUUACUUUUGAAGUCACGAUAACUGUAUAUAUGUCACUAAUGCCGUUUAAUCAUAAAUGAUGUAAAACAAGUAAAACUUGGGGAGGAUUAAUCGUUAUGUCGCAUUACCAUGAUCAGAAUUCGAUAACUUUGGAUUUACAUCGACAGGGACGCUUUGCUUACUUGGAGCCAGGCGCAAGGUUAUCUACUGCCGAGAGAGGAAAAUUCAGAUGUCAUAACACACACUGUGUACUAUUGGGAGUGACCAUACUUCUGAGUAUUUCUGCAUCUGUAAUGUCUGGAGUAGUUUUUAUAAAGCUUAAUUUCAGCCUACCCGAAAAUCAAGAUAAUGGAAAAAUUUGUUUUACAACCACCGAACUGAAACUGUCUCCAUUUCGAGACGAAGAAAGUGAAAUUGAAAAGUUAAGUAAAGAGGUAAACAAUGAUCAAUUUGUGUAUUGUGCCAGCACUCCAGAACAAAUGCAGAUUAUACUAAAUUGGGUUAUUGAUAACAAGACAAAAGCUUAUGUGGAUAAAUACUAUGACAAUGUGACGAAUAAUUUGUUGGAGGGAAAUGCUGUCUGUGCUCAUGUGUUAAUUCAUGGUAGUGAUGUAUUAGGAGUCAACAAAAAUGCAGUGAAACUGUUGAAAUCGAGGUCGUUAUCUCACUAUGAUGGGAUUAACAUAGGUCCACAUAAACUCGUUAUCAAAACUAAGGGGACCUACUUUUUGUAUAGUCAAAUUUAUUUCAAACUUAUUCCCGGUGUUAAUUACCAUCAGCCAAUCAACACAAGUUUGGAAUUAUUCCAUCAAGUCGUCCGAUUUCGACAAUCGUCUCCGACACAGAACGGUCAAGAGGAACUUCUUCGGAACGAGCAUCAAACACGCGUCAAGAAAGGUGAGGUCGACUUCCGAAGCAGCUUCGUUUCCGGUACUUUUGAAAUGGUUGCCGGGGAUCAGAUUGGCGUCAUGGUGACUAAUCUGGAUUACAUUUCGCGUAAACCCGAAACAAAUUUCAUUGGUCUCUUUUUACUCGGAAACGAUGCGUAAAUACAAUUAAAAUACACUACAAUUAUUCCUGUAAUUCUAUUCCAGAAGAUAAGAGCAUAUUCCCAAAUUGCUCCUGUAAUUCUAUUCGAAUGAUAAAAGCUUAGUAUUAAAAUAAUUAUAUAAUAAUAUUUGACAAUAUGUUAAAUUGUACAUAAGAAACAGAUAUUUAAAUACAGAAUAUGAUAUGGACAAAGCAAGAACUCGUGUUAACUAUUAUUACGUAAUAUAUAUCGUUACAUUAAGUAUAACCCCAAACAGUUAAAAAAAACCUGACAGAUUAGUGAGAUAUCAAUUGUGACAUUGGUCAAUUGCUGUUUUGACUAAAACUAAAUAGUAAUAAAAUAUAUACAAAGAUAUACUUUAACAAUUCUAUUUUAAAAGAUAAAAGCAUAUUUCCCGAAUUUCUUAAUAUACUGCAACCGAGUUGGUUUUCCUUUUUUUUCAUUUGCUGCCUGAAAAGUUGUUUCAGUUUGAUAAUACGGGACUAUGAGCAUUUCAGAUUUAUACACAAUCAUCUGUCUACCUAAAUUUGAAUUGUAUCUCAUAAUUGAUGACAUGUAGCAAGAAAUGAAAAGAACAUACAAGACGAAAAUGUUGGCGGGCUUAUGUCACCUUGCCUGGCAAACUAUGUUUGUAUUAAUUUUUUGGGUUUGGUGCGUGGCGGUUGGAGAGGGUAAGUUCGUAAAUGGUAUGAAAACCCCCAGCGUCAAAAUUAGUUUUGAGUUGCUAUGAAGUCUGUAUCAACCUGAACAAAAUGGAAACCACCAGCGUCAAAACUAACGUUCUGAAGUCUGGAGAGUCGUAUACAUAAUCUUAUUCAUAUUUUAAUAUCUAAUUAUUGUAUAUUGACAGGGUUAUUGAAAUGUUACUACGUUUAUUAUGUUAAAUUCUAUUGAAAUUUAAAUUUACAGUAUCACACAUUUCACAAAUUCUAUUAUAAUAAUAAUAAAUUCAAGUAACUUUUGUUAUCACCAGUGGCAGGUUAGCCAUGCAGGAAGACAGACAAACAGCUACAUAAAUUAUAUGUAAAUUUUAUUAAAAAGAAAUUUACCUAAAAUAUAUAUUAUACUUAAUUUAUUCAUUUUAACAUGUAUUAUGCAAGAGUAUUUAAAUUAUUAAUUAAAACAUUAAUUAACUUA